AUGGACCCACAGCAACCGGCAUCCGAUAAUUCUGAAUGGCAGUUUCAGGUCAGUCCUGGCGCUGCUUGGAAUUUAAGAGCACAAGCCAGGAGGGGCCAGACAGGCAGCAGGGAUGCAAUUCCGUUAAGAGUGGAUGAGCUGACGGAUGAGAAUGAGCUUAAUUGGGAGGCUCUUAAUAAUAGGAAUCUUAGCAUUCUUGGAAACGAUACCCUUUCUGAUAUUUUCAGAUCAAAUCAACUGAUCAAUAACGGAACUAACGAUAAUAAUAGUAAUAACAAUAUCGACGGUGAAAUACUGAAUACUACAGGAACUGACGAAGAUAACAGAAGAAGUACUGAUAUAGAUAAUAAUACCGCUGACCAUUUCGAAGAAUUGACGCGGGGAGCUGCUCGUGAAGCUAACUUAUCGAGGGAAAGUGCUCAUGUAUCUUCUGGUCUGCCUGCUGACUGGUUUACUACCAUGAAUCCUAGUAAACUGUCUUUACACCAAAGACCAUUUUUGGCUAGAGAGCGGAAAUCCGCCCUUAGUGGCAUUGCACAAAUUGAAGAUGAUUUAAGACAGUUGUUUGAAAACAUAGAAAAAGAAGGAUGGAAAUUACCACCGAUCGAAGGUGAUUCUGAACAAUUACAAGAAUAUUUUGAUAAACACAAAAUCGAUAUGAGGGCAAGACAAAAUAUUGAGAAUUUUGUUCUCAAAAUGCAAAAAGAAGCAUUAGAUGACAGCUCUAACUGGACCGAAAAGGAAGCGUUGUUGGAUUUCUUACUGAAGCAAGUCCAACUUACACCAGAAGACACUACAGCAUUAAGUGAAAUUGUCGAACUUUCAAGAUACAGAUUUAAAUUUGCAUUAGGUAUUAUAGAAUUAAGAAAAAACUAUCUUAAGGAGUCUUUGCAGCUAGGAAUCCAGCGACUUCGUGACCUAAACUAUUCAGCAUUUUUAGCGGAGAGUAAUUUGUCGACGGAAGUUGUUGAACAUCUAAAAUCAACAAUUAUGAAACAGCAAAGAGUUAUUUUAAGGGCAAUCGAAAUGGAACUCUAUUCUCUACAUUCCUAUCAAGAAAAAUAUUCGGAAAUUAUCAAAAGGAUGGCGAGAUCGAUACAUGACUACUAUAAAAGAAAGAAUACCAACCCUAACGUACCAAAUCCUAUUUAUUACUAUCGCGAUUUGUUUUUGAAAUACUCUCCUUGGACAAAAAGAGGAUUGGACUUGGCUUUAUAUGAUAUGCAUGUCUCAGAAGAGGAAUGGAAGUUUAUGUCUAAUCACGUGAGAAGCCAGUUGCCCCAGAUGCUCUCAAUGGUUUCUAAAGAUAAUGCAUUAUAUACCAGAAUCAAAACACCAAAGAACACUUUCCCGUUAUCUGAUCUUCCUCAUGAAAUCCUAGCAAUGGUUUUAGAAGCAAAAAGUCAAAAAGCCAAUAUUGUUCCCUUAAUGGCUGUUUCUAAGGCUUGGGCUGAAGUCAUUGCAAAACUCAUAUAUUAUCGUCCCCAUAUCAAUAAACAGCAGCAAUUGAAUUCUUUUUUGAUUACCAUGAGCAAGCCUAAGGAAGAGACGCUAUUUGAUUACAGGAGCUUGAUAAAACGUUUAAAUUUUUCAUUCGUUGGUGACUAUAUGACAGAUAGAAAACUAGAACAUUUCAUUGGGUGUCCUAACCUUGAAAGACUUACUUUGGUUUUCUGUAAAUAUAUUACAACCAAAUCUGUGGCAAAAGUUUUAAAGGGUUGUCAAUAUUUACAAAGUGUCGACAUAACUGGUAUUCAUCACAUUAGAGAUGAUUUGUUUGAAGUAUUAGCAUCGGAUUGUGAGAGGAUUCAGGGACUUUAUGUUCCUCAUUCAAACGAUGUCUCACCUAAUGCUAUCUCGAAUUUUAUCACUCACGCGCCGAUGUUAAAACGUGUCAAAAUAACUUUUAAUCAAUCUAUUGAAAAUGAUUUGGUGAUGAAAAUGGUCAAAUGUUGUCCAUUUCUCGUAGAGGUGGAUUUAACGUCAACACCGAAUAUUGAUAAUCAUGGCUUGGUUACGCUAUUCACCUCUUUACCUCAAUUAAGAGAAAUCAGAGUCACGCAUAACACGAACAUCACCGAUGAGUUUAUGUUGGCGGUUUCUCAGGAAACCAUGGGAUUACCUGCAUUAAGACUAGUCGACUUCUCUGGUUGCGAAAACAUCACGGACAAGACAAUUGAUAAACUUGUUACUUUAGCACCCAAGCUAAGAAACUUAUUUUUGGGGAAAUGCAGCCGUAUCACAGAUUCCGCUCUAAAGUCGUUGGCAAGAUUGGGAAAAAAUAUACAGACAAUGCAUUUUGGUCACUGUUUCAAUAUUUCAGAUGAAGGUGUCAGGGUUUUAGUAAGCAAUUGCCCCAAGAUUCAAUAUAUCGAUUUUGCUUGUUGCACCAAUUUGACAAACAAAACCCUUUACGAACUCGCUGAGUUGCCCAAACUUAAAAGAAUAGGUAUGGUUAAGUGCUCUCAGAUUACAGAUGAGGGACUUUUAACAAUGAUAAGCAUUCGCGGAAGGAAUGACACGUUAGAGAGAGUCCAUCUAUCUUACUGUACCAGUCUAACGAUCUAUCCUAUAUAUGAAUUGUUGAUGGCAUGCCCCAAGUUAUCGCACUUAUCGCUAACUGCAGUUCCAUCUUUUCUUCGUCCCGAUAUCACGCAGUUUUGUCGUUCUCCCCCCAGUGAAUUUACCGCUAAUCAAAGGCAGAUAUUCUGUGUAUUUUCCGGAAAGGGCGUUCAUAAGUUGCGUCAUCAUUUAAUGGGUAUUCAUGAACCUACCGAUGGACCUAGCACCAAAUCUGACGAAAUUUUCAUCAGCUUUUUAAAAAACAAAAACGCAAUACAGUCUGACACUAUUGAAGAUGAGGAUCUUGAAAGGUUAUCCCAUAACGCCGAUCUUGAUUCUGCCGCAUUGUUUGCAGCUUCUGCAGUCUUCAAUUUCGCUAAUGAGCCUUUUAACCAAAUUGAAUUUGCUCAUCUUGACCAUGUAUUCUCAUCCAUGCUGAUAACUUCUGAAGAUGAGCAUGUUGUAAGCUCUGCUGAUCUUACUGCACUGGAAGAUUUCGACCGAUCUUUUUACGAUAAUCCGCUUGAUCCAAGGUUUACGGAUAGAUAUGUUACGGUUGCACCACCGGCUUCUUCUAAUAUUAAUAAUGAACUCGCUGAUGUUAUAAGGAAAUUCCGUAAAAUAUUGAAUCGUGUGUUAGAUUUUGAAGUCAAUGUCGCCAGUUUAUGCAGGAUCCAAUUCCAAUAUUGUGGUACGUUAAUUGCAGAAAUGUCUUCGAUUUACAUAACAUUCGUCGAUUUAAACAGAUAUAUCUCAGAAAUAUAUCAGAGAAUUAAAGCUUCAGAAGAGCCAAAAGACCUCUUAGGAUUUGUGCUGUGGAAAAAGUGGUGGUCACCUUGCUUCAAGGAUUUAAUGAGAAAUUUUAAGAUUACAGCUUUAGUGUUGAGAAUUUACGUGAAGGAAAGUUUGACAGUACUUACCCGUCAAAGAGAAUUGGUUUUACAACGUGCCAGGGAAACAUGGGACAGAGAGGCUGCUAAUGAUCUUCCUGACGGAGAGGGAGAUAUUGACAUGGGUGUCAAUAUGCUAUUACCACCAGGAGGAACUGUGGCUGAAGAAACUGAUAACAAUGAUAAUAAUAUAGAUUUGAGGCUCUUCUUACCUCCCGGAAACGAACAGAAUAGAGAAACUCCGGAUGAUCAAAUCAUUGAGGAGUAA